CUGACCGGAAGAGUACUCGAGAGAGAAUUUUAUUCAUGUCCGGAAUUCCGGACAGGAACCGCCGUCCGGACGGUGGCGUUUGGCCGCCUUCCCGGUGACAUUUAGGUUCAUGUGAGAACUUAAUCUUGGGAGAGUAAAAAAGAAUGAAUAGGAACCAUUAGAUCAUCUUCUAAUUAUUGCGUGUGACUACUCUUCAUUAAGGGUAAAUGUGACAUUUAAUUAUCUUACCAUCCAAAGCACGUUUAUUCUUUCCUUAAUAUUUGCCUACAAUCAUGCACAAUCUCCAAUAUUAUUUAUUUAGUUUAUUACGUAUUGGUCAAGAAUGGUUGCCGGUAUAUUUUUCAUUCCCUUUCAACUUCAACCGCGCAGAGUCCCAUCUUCCCCUUAAUUACUCAACAGGUUUCGUAUCUUCUUCGGCCAGAGAUAGUCUGAGGAAAAAGCUAUGGCCGGUUAACAUUUCCGGUGAUAGGAUCCGCCUCGACGGACUUGUCCCUCCUCCGCCGGUGAUUGUUUCAGAGGACAGUAUUGGCGAAUUUUCGGUAAAUGAUGUGAGGAAGAUUCUGAGGUCUUCUCAAACGGAGAAGGUGAGGUAGAGGGUCAGCCGGUCAGGAAUAUUCCGGUGAAAUGGUUUCAUACUUGGAGUUUGUUAUUGUUUGUGGAUGCGGUUGUGGCAUGAGAUCGAUGGGCCUCGCAGCGACAGAGAGGAGAAUGAUGCUCUCGACUUUGGCCUUUCAAAACCUCUUGGAUCGGCAUUGAAAACAAAUUUCAAUGAAUGAACAGUUCUCGAUCAUUAUGAUGUAUUGUGUAUAUAUAUAUAUGUACACUCAAGAUUGUGUUUCAUUUUGUAGAAAUACUUCAAUAUUAAGACGGAGAACGUACGUGUGAUAUGUCAAAACACUUUAGAAUAAAAAUGCCUUUGUAGUGUUUUUCAUGUUUGAUAAUAUGUACAAUAUGCAUGAAGUGCACAUGGCAUCAAUUACAAGUGCAGUUAGCAAAUUAUAAAGUAGUGCAUCACAAAAAUGAAACAUUCUUCAUUUGAAGUAUAUAAAAACCAU